AUGUCUGAUAUGGGUACGGAGCAUUUUAGCCCUUACCGUCCGGAUGGGAAGCUUUGUGCUCAGCAACCUGUAGGGCAAGCUAUCGUCAAGGAAUUAGCUUCUCACGGCGCUGCUUGUAUCUACGCCUGCGACAAAGGGACGAGCGCCGACUACCCCGCCCUAAUCGAGUCCAUAGCAAGGGAACACCCCAACACCAAAGUAAUCGGCUACCCUUUCAACGUCGCCGCCGAGGAGGAAACCCUCGGUCUAAUCGAUGAUGUCCUGAACUCAUGGGGUAGGCUCGACGUCUGGGUCUGCUCUUCAGGUCUACUCGGCCCUUCUUCACUAGAGGCCACAACACCAGCGGAUCUACAAAAAUGCUUCGAGGCGAACUCCAUGGCACCGUUCUUCGCCCUGAAAUAUGCCCCUCCUGCAAUGGCGAAGACGACCCCGAAGCAAGCGUACCCGAAUGCCGCGCCCAAGGAUCAGAAGUAUGGUAGUAUUGUUGUGGUCAGCUCUGUGGCAAGCUUGUAUGGUGGCUGCUGGGGGCUGGCUUAUACCAUGGCUUCGCAUGCUGCGCUUGGCGUUGUAAGAGCUGGAGUAGCUGUUUUGAAAGGGAGUGGAGUCAGAAUCAACUGCAUAUCUCCUGGUCAGAUUGAUGUUGGUGUGGACUUGCAAGGGUUUGAUGUGCGGGGCAUGACAUCCCAAUUUCCCCCAGCAAGCUUGCAAUCCAAAGAGAGUCAGCAAAAUCACAUCGGAUUGGAGCGAUCAGGUCUUCCAAUCGAAGUAGGACGUGUAGCUGGUUUCCUGGCAAGUGGAUUCAGUAGCUAUAUAACAGGAGCCAACAUGGUGGUUGAUGGGGGUGCCAGCGUGAUGAAUCCUUUGACGGUUCCAAUAUAG